AUGGCGGUUGGGAAGAAUAAGCGUAUCUCCAAGGGCAAGAAGGGAGGCAAGAAGAAGACCGUGGAUCCUUUCAGCAAAAAGGAUUGGUAUGAUAUCAAGGCUCCGUCGGUCUUCAGCGUGCGCAACAUCGGGAAGACCCUGGUCUCCAGGACACAGGGCACCAAGAUUGCCUCUGAGGGUUUAAAGCACAGAGUAUUUGAGGUCUCCUUGGCUGAUCUUCAGAGUGAUGAAGACCAGGCGUACAGGAAGAUCAGACUUCGUGCAGAGGAUGUACAAGGGAGAAAUGUUCUCACAAACUUCUGGGGUAUGAGCUUCACCACGGACAAGCUCCGUUCACUGGUCAAGAAGUGGCAGACACUUAUCGAGGCUCAUGUUGAUGUCAAGACCACUGAUAACUACAUGCUGCGGCUGUUCUGCAUUGGGUUCACCAAGAGGCGGCCCAAUCAAGUGAAGCGCACUUGCUAUGCUCAAGCAAGCCAAAUCAGACAGAUUCGUCGGAAGAUGACUGAAAUCAUGAGCAACCAAGCUUCAACUUGUGAUUUGAAAGAGCUUGUGUCCAAGUUCAUCCCUGAGGUCAUUGGAAAGGAAAUCGAGAAAGCCACCUCUAGCAUAUUCCCCUUGCAAAAUGUCUUCAUCCGCAAGGUGAAGAUCCUGAAAGCACCAAAGUUCGACAUUGGAAAGCUCAUGGAGGUCCAUGGUGACUAUGCCAAGGAGGAUGUUGGUGUCAAGAUGGACAGGCCUGCUGAAGGCGACGAGGCCAUGGGAGGACAGGAGAAACUCUCUGCCGGGAGCCGCAAUGGGCAGAUCGGAGAGGGGGUAUCGCCCUCGUCCUCGUCGUCCAAGCGGCGGCGGCGGAACGAGGAUUACGCCACGACGAGGCGUAAGCACCUGUAUUUCAUUCUGGACGCAACGAGACGUAAGCACCUGUAUUUCAUUCUGGACGAUUGGAGGGACGGGUACAGCAUCCACAAGCUCGACGCCGACGACAUGGAUCCUUCAGGGCAUCUGUCUGAACCUUCCCUCCGGUUAGCGGCACCGGUGCCUGGUUUAAUGGCCUUCACCUCCCUGGGCACCACCAUCUUUGUCGACACCAAUCGUUGGCGCCGUGGCAGACAUGCUUCCCCGACCCUCGUCUACAACACGGAGAACGCUAGCCUCACCCUCGGCCCACGCGUUCCAGACGAUGUGUAUAGCUUGGGAUCAGCCAUGGCUGCCGGUGACAAGCUGUACGCGGUGACAACUGAUGCAGAGUCUCCCUCCUUGCAGAUGUCUAGUAGCUCCAACGGCCAUUAUCCUGCUAAUGGUGCUAAGGUUCUUCAUAGAAAAGAAAAGAAUAAAGAGAAAGUACAGCACGACAAAAAUGCAGCCUCUUCGGCCUGCCAGAAGGACAGGCAUUAUAUUGAGAAAUUAGAAACAGAAUUGAUGAACUGCUAUCAGGAAAUUGACUAUUUGCAGGAUCAGUUAAAUAUACGGAAUGUUGAAGCAAACAUCAUGGGGGAGCAUAUUCACAGUCUUGAACUGAAGCUGACUGAACUUGAAAAGUUCCCAGAAAGAGUGAGAGUGAUGGACAAUGAGCUUAUACGAUCUGAUUCUCAGUGCUGGCUUCUGAUGGAAGAAGUCAGAUGUAAAGAAGAGGAGUUGCAGAAGGCAGCCGCACAGAUAGAGAAGCUUGAAAGUACAGCUUUAGAUUCACAAUGUGAAAUCGAGAGCUUGAAACUUGAUUUGACUAAUCUUGAGCAGAGGCUACUUGACGCCGAAAGCUUUACCCAACAUGCUGCUGAGCACAGAGCUCAAAUUGACAAAUUACUGGGAGAACAUGAGCUCCAGCUACACGAGGCACAGAGAACUAUUGAUCAACUUGUACUGGAGAAUAAGCAACUGAAAGAGCUGUUGCCUAUGGCAAAACGAAAUGAAGAAUCUGAACUUCUAAUUGAGCAGCUCAAGGAAGAGCUUCGAGAACAAAAGUUAAAGGCAAAAGAGGAUGCAGAAGAUCUCACCCAACAAAUGGCUGAACUAAGGUACCAGAUAACAGGCAUGCUUGAGGAAGAAUACAAGCGUCGAUCUUGCAUUGAGCAGGCAGCUAUUCAACAUAUUCAGGAGCUGGAGACUCAGGAAUCACAUGAACUAGCUCACACACAAGCUAUGGAGAUUAAGAAGUUGAAGGCUGCUUUAGAGAGAUUUAACUCCAUGACGAACCUGGGCACAGUUUGCAAAUCUUGCUCUUGCGGGUUCUCUGCAAUGUUGAUAGAGUUGUCUAAUUGCUCCAUCGAAGGACCGUCAGGCGGCGCCAGAUCUCCCAGUUCCAUCCACAUUGAUGAGAAGUCACAGAACCGAGCUCUAAUAGAGUGGCGUCCUGGUGAAGCUUCUGAUGGUGACGGCGGAUAUACACAUACAUACACGGUGGAUGGCGAUGGAUCCUGUGUCCGUUCUCGGCUGCCCGGGCGCCCGAAGUGCGAGCAGAGCCUGAAGCCCGUCGUGAACGACACCUCCGACCCGGAGGACGUCCUCAAGGCCGCGCUCAACGUGGCGUUGGACGAGGUCGCCGCCGCCUUCCAGCGGUCCGCGCACAUCGGCAAGGGCGCCACGGACAACCUCACCAGGAAUGCCAUGGACGUGUGCAAGAAGCUCCUCGACGACUCCACCGAGGACCUCAGGGCCAUGGCGAGGCUCAAGCCCGAGGACGUGGUCUCCGGCGUCAUGACCUACGUCUACACCUGCGCCGCCGGAGGAAGCCAAACUCUGAACGCCACCCUGGCGGGUGCGGGGCACGGCCGCCGGCUUCUUGGCUGGCAGAUGGGCGAGGCCGAGGAGGUGACCAGCGGCGGCCGCGGGCUUCUGUCUGUCGAUGACAAGCUGGGCGAGAUCGCGGACGUGGGCCACGGUGCAAACGGCCGGCGCCUGCUUAGCACCUUGUGGUCUCAGAUAACCAGCGCCCAGGGAGAGGACGUCCUCGCCCGCCAGAAAAAGCUGGGCGUGUCGCCCGACGAUGAGACCGAUCACGCUGCCCGGUGCAACCUUCUGUCGACCGAGCUCGAGAGCAUCGCCAGCACGUCCGCCGAGGCGAACCGCCAGCUUCUCGCGGCGGAGGAGCUCCCCGACGAGCUAGCCGGCAAGCGCGAGCUGCUGUCCCGGACGCUCAUGGGGAUCGACGAGGCGGCCACCGAGGCCAAGCGCCAGCUUGAUGAGGCAACGAUGGAGGACACCAUGUCCGGCGGCCAUCCUGAGCACAGGGUACUGACCACGGGCCUCAUCGGCACGUUCGACGAGAUCCAAGACGAGCGCAGCCAGGUGCCGCCCGGCGACUUCCCCAAGUGGAUGCCGGCCACCCAGCGGAGGCUCCUGCAGCUGCCCAGCCUGCAGAAGCCCAACAAAGUGGUGGCCCCGGACGGGAGCGGCGACUUCAAUACCAUCACCGAGGCCAUUGCCGCCGUGCCCAAGACCUUCGAAGGCCGGCGUGUACAAGGAGUACGUCACCGUGCCCAAGGACAUGGCCACACAGCCUCGGCGACGGAGCACGGGAGCGGCGUCGGCGUGUGGCGGUGUGUGGCCACCCGCCUGCUUGAUGCCAUCACACCGGCCAUCGAGCGCUGA